AUGAAGUUCGAGGAUCUUCUGGAAGAGCUGGACGGGUUCGGAAGGUUCCAGAAGAUGGUCGUGUUCCUCAGUUUUACCGGGCGAUUCACACUGCCGUGUCAUUUCCUGUUGAACAACUACAUCGGGGCCAUCCCGUCUCAUCGCUGCGACUUCGACUCCCUGUACGAUGAUGGGACCGAAGAUCCCGACGAUGGACUGUUCAGGAAUCUGACUCAUGAGCAGAAGCUGACCGUCAGCAUUCCGAAGCAUGAAGACGGGACCUUCUCGUCCUGUCACAUGUUCUCCAAACCUCAGUUCCAGCUUUUGGAGGCUGAAUUCAGCGACGCAAAUGUUUCUGUCGUCGAGUGCCGAAGCGGGUGGGUGUACGACAACAGCACCUUCAUCAGCACGCUGGCUUCAGAGUGGGACCUGGUCUGUGAUAGGAGAGGGAUGAACAAAGCAAUGGCCACCAUCUUCUUCGUCGGGGUGAUGAUCGGAGCCGCCAUAUUCGGCAGUUUAAGUGACAGAUACGGGCGUAAGCCGAUGCUGCUGGUCUCCUACGUGUUCGGGAUGUGUUUCGCCAUGGCCAGCGUUUUCUCCACCUCCGUGGUCAUGUUCGCAGUGCUGAGGUUCUUCACGGGUCUGAGCAUCACCGGGAUCGCCGUCGUCACCAGCGUACUCAAUGUGGAGUGGGUCAGCAUCGAGAGCAGGAAGCUGGUGGGCGUGAUCGACAGCGUGAGCUGGACGUUCGGUUACAUGGCGCUUCCUGUCAUGGCGUACGGCGUGAGAGACUGGAGGUGGCUGACGGUGACGGUGACUUCACCGCUCGUGAUAGCGCUGAUCAGCUGGAGGUGGGUUCCAGAGUCGGCGCGGUGGCUAAUAGCUAAUGGGAAAGUGGAUAAAGCUCGUUAUUAUUUGGAGAAAUGCGCCGUAAUGAAUAAGAGGACAGACGCCAUCGCCAACCUGAAACCAGAGGUACUUUCUGGUAUCGUCGCUCGCAGAGGAAACAGGACGUACUCGUAUCUGGACCUCAUGAGGACGCCCAAGAUGAGGAGACUGGCUCUGAUGACUGGCACCGCCUGGUAUGGUGUUGCUUUCAGCUACUAUGGAAUCAGCUUCAAUAUCAAAGGUUUCGGGUUGGAUCUGUACCUGAACCAGUUCCUGUACGGGACGGUGGAGCUUCCUGCCAAAGUUCUAGUCUAUAACCUGCUGGAUCGGAUCGGACGGCGUAAAACCGAGGUGGCGGCGCUUCUGCUGGUCAGCGGUAGUCUCAUUAUUAAUGUCUUCAUACCCAAAGAUGCGUGGAUAGUGCGCACCGUGAUCGGAGUGCUGGGGAAGGGCUUCUCCUCCAUGGCUUUCUCAACACUGGUCCUGUACUGCUCAGAACUAUAUCCCACCGUCAUCAGGCAGAACGGAAUGGGCUACAACUCCUUCAUGGGGCGACUGGGCGUGUCUUUAGCUCCUCUGAUCUUCCUGUUGGAUGAGUUUUGGGGACACAUGUCCCAGGUGAUUCUGUUUGUCAUCGCGCUGGUCACAGGUCUGGUCGCCUGUAAGCUACCUGAGACGAUGAACCGGUGUUUACCUGAGACCAUUGAGGACAUCGAGGGGACCAGGUGA